AUGGCUUUUGAGCCAUUGGUUUGGUUCUGUAGACCAGUGGCUGAUGGGGUAUGGAAAAGGGCUGUGUCUAAUGCCUUUGGAGAGAUCUCAAAGCUCAGCGCUUCUGUAUAUUAUAACUAUAUGCUCUGUCUGCUGGCUCUUUAUGCUACUGCUGAGCCUCUGUUCAGGUUGAUCAUGGGGAUUUCAGUUCUAAAUUUGGAUGGACAGCCUGGUCUUGCUCCAUUUGAGAUUGCUUCUUUGAUCGUGGAAGCUCUCACAUGGUGUUCUAUUUUUGUCAUGAUUGUUGUGGAAACUAAAGUCUAUAUUCGUGAAUUUCGAUGGUUUGUCAGAUUUGGUGUCAUUUAUACUUUGAUAGGGGAUGCGGUGAUGCUCAAUCUCAUUCUUUCUGUAAGGGAGUUUUACAACAGCUCCAUCCUGUAUAUACACUCAAGUGAGGUCCUAUCUAAGAUUUUGUUUGGGAUACUCUUGCUGGUGUAUAUUCCUGAUUUGGAUCCAUACCCUGGUUAUACCCCAAUGCGGACCGAACUUGUGGAUGAUGCUGGAUAUGAAGAACUUCCCGGAGGAGAGAAAAUAUGUCCUGAGAGGCAUGUUAAUAUAUUUUCCAAAAUAUUUUUUUCGUGGAUGAGCCCCCUAAUGGAGCAAGUCUAUAAAAGGCCUAUCACAGAGAAGGAUGUCUGGAACUUAGAUACUUGGGAUCAGACUGAAACGCUAAACAACAAGUUUCAGAAAUGUUGGGCUGAGGAAUCACGAAGGCCCAAACCAUGGCUCUUAAGAGCAUUGAAUAGCAGUCUUGGAGGAAGGUUUUGGUGGGGAGGCUUCUGGAAGAUUUUUAAUGAUCUUUCACAGUUUGUGGGGCCGCUCAUAUUGAACCUCCUGUUAGAGGUUUGCUCCUUGUUUCUGUUAUUCUAUAUUUGUUUGCGAUCGAGUUAUUUUUUAGUGCAUGGAAUUGCUCAAGUGCUCAUUCAUUUAAUAGUGAAAACUCUCCUUAACCUCUAUUGUCAAAUGUUUAAAAGAAAAAUCGAUGUAUGGGUGUAUUUUGAUCAUUUUUUAAAAGUACAUUAA